AUGUAUACUCAAAGUCCCUUUAAGGGUUAUGAGGCAGAUGCUAAUGUCACUCAAGAGGCUCAGCUUCUGUCUAAGCAGCUUGGUACCAAGUUGCAAUUCCUGACGGAUCCAAUGGAAGCAGCACGGGACUAGUGCAGUAGUGUGCUGGUUACUGACACUUGGGUGAGCAUGGGCCAAGAGGAGGAGAAGAAGAAGAGGAGACUAAAAGAUUUCCAUGGUUACCAGAUCAUCAUGCAGACAGGAAGUGUGGCUGCACCAGACUGGACAUUUCUGCACUGUCUCCCAUGUAAAGCAGAGGAAGUAGACGAUGAAGCUUUCUACUCACCACGUUCCCUUGUGUUCACAGAGGCUGAGAACCGCAAGUGGACCUUUAUGGGUUUGAUGUGCAUCCUGACAGACUAUACGCCACAAAGUCCCAAACUCAAAUUUAAAAAAAAUGUGGGGGGAAAACACUAACAACAGAAUAGUGUCAUCUAUCUGUUUUUAUGAUAAAAUUGUAAUUGAUCAUAUUUAGCACUCUUGGCCAAU